UUCCCCCUUACCCCACUUCCUUUCCUUUUUUCAACAUGAAUACUUUCAAAACUUAUAGUGAACGAGCUAAAAAUCAUUCUAAUACUUGUGCACGUGCAUUACUUGAACUUAUGGAGCGAAAACAAACCAAUUUAUCCGUGGCUGUGGAUGUGACCAAGAAAGCUGAACUUCUCUCCAUAGCUGCUGCAGUUGGUCCAUAUGUGUGUGUUCUCAAGACACAUAUUGAUAUUGUGGAUGAUUUUGAUCAAGAUCUGGUGACUCAAUUGGAACAAUUAGCACAACAACAUGACUUUAUGAUUUUCGAAGAUCGAAAGUUUGCAGAUAUUGGAAACACAGUGAAACAUCAAUAUGGAAAUGGGAUCUACAAGAUUGCGUCUUGGUCACAUAUCACGAAUGCACACACUGUGCCAGGCGAAGGGAUCAUUCAAGGCUUAAAGGAAGUUGGGUUACCAUUGGGACGCGGGCUUUUACUGUUGGCUGAAAUGUCAUCCAAGGGAGCAUUGACACAAGGUGAAUAUACGACUUCUUCGGUGGCUAUGGCACGGCGUCAUCAAGAUUUUGUAUUUGGAUUUAUUGCGCAGCAUCAAAUGAACGAAACCGAUGAUGAGGAUUUCAUUGUCAUGGCUCCAGGCGUUGGAUUGGAUAUCAAGGGUGAUGGUCUUGGACAACAAUAUCGUACUCCUCAUCAAGUCAUUGUGGAAAGUGGUUGUGAUGUGAUCAUUGUCGGUCGUGGGAUCUACGGACAACCUGAUCAAGUACAACAACAAGCUGCUCGUUAUCGUGAUGCUGGAUGGGCCGCUUACUUGGAACGUUGUCAACAACAUAGCUCUUCUUAAUAUAGUCUUUUUCUUUCUUUUAGAUCAUCUUAUUUAUCAUUGAAUAAACAAUCAAUAAACAAACAAAUAAAAAUAGGAUUCAUGUUUGACAGAUACCAUCCAUCAGCUGAAAAUGUCGUCAUGCUACAAUAAUUUUUUUUUUUUUUG